CAUCCAUCAUCAUUGGAAUGCUGAUGGGACCGAGGGUGCUGAUGAUGCUGCUGUCCGUGCUGCACGGAACCGGCGUAGCAUCAACGGGCUCAUCCCGGUACCGCGUGCACCCCCAGGCAGGGUUCGGUAUCGCUGAUACCGCGACGGUGGUACACUAUACAUCGUCUGUCAUACAGUGUGCUCAGCGGUGCUCGAUUUCUGGCUCAUCUGUUUACUCCGUCACUGAAGAAAACACAGGAAAAGUGAGAUGCAGAAUUGCAUCGUCUGGCUUCCGAGCUGAGAACCUCACCGCCGGCGCCGCUGCUGCAGGAGAAACAACCUACGUCGACGUACUCACCUCCGCUACUGUACAGGAACUAACCACUGCCGCACCCACUCCAGGACCAUGUCUGACUGCAUCGGAUAUCAACUGCGCCAUUGUGGCUACAGGGCCUUUCUUCUACCACCCGAGCGACUGCACCAAGUUCCUAAUGUGCCAAGGCGUUACCAACCCCGUCGAAUUGUCAUGCGGCCCUGGCACCUACUGGAAUAUGUCUGGGCUCGCUUGUGUUAAGACUCAGCCUGCGAAAUGUUCUUGUCAGACGUCUAUCUAAAGGGACCCAUACACUUGCGAGUAACGGGCCCCAUACACAAGCGAGUAAAGGGCCCCAUACACUUGCAAGUUAAAGACCCCAUACACUUGUGAGUAAAGGGCCUUAUA